GCCCUACAACACGUUUAACUGUUGCGCUAGAUCACCGAAACGUCGUGUAUCGUCCUAGAGAGAGAAUCGAAUCAACAUCCCUUGGGUCAUUGACAAUGACAAUAGAACACCGCUAGACAGAAACCUGGUCUACCUUGUAAUUCAAGGUUCGUUUAUUACCAGUUAAGUAAUUUAUUCGAUGUAAUUUAGAGCACUGUGGGUGUUCAUGCAUUUUAGGUUUGUGCUACAUUCAAGAUAAUCUUAGUCACCGGCCCCCAAUUUAGCGAGGUUUUAACGAAAAAACAGAGUAAACGGUUGGUUUUCUUUGGGAGUCGUCAUGUCACCGUCGGUCCAGUCACAGUGUGUCAACGUUCCGGCCCGGAUGAGGCUGGUUCUGUUGGGGGCAGCGGGGGUCGGGAAGAGCUCACUAAUCCGCCGUUUCCUUCACAACCGCUUCGACCAUAAGUACACUCGAACGGUGGAGGAACUACACGCGCUGGAGUGCAGCGCUGGUCCAGAGGGUCCCCAUAUGUGCAUUGAGAUCCUGGACACCAGUGGCAGCUACUCGUUCCCAGCCAUGAGGGAGCUGUCAAUCAAACAUAGCCACGCCUUCUGCCUGGUCUAUGCUGUCAAUGACCCUGCCUCCUUCAGUGAGGUCAUCAGACUGCGACAAGAGAUUUUGGCUCUGAGGGGAGGGGCAGAGAGGCAGGGGGCGGGCCCUGCCGUAAUGGUGGUGGGGAACAAGGCAGACCUUCGGGGGGGUGAGGGGCGUGUCCUGGUGUCAGGGGAUGUGAUGUCAGUGGUGGAGCAGGAGUGGGGGGCGGGGUUUGUGGAGGCGUCAGCCUUGACAGGGGAGAAUACUGUGGAAGUGUUCCAAGCCCUGCUACAGCCUGUGAUGUCAUCACACAAGGACACUGUGAUGUCAUCACACCUAAGCCCCGCCCUGUGGAGACUCAGGGACACCGUCCCCAGGGUUACCAAGGACAGGCAGAAGAAAAAAGGACUGAUGAAGAAAAAUAAUAGCUGUCUCCUGUCAUAGACUGGCACUGAACCGGGAGAGGAGAGCCUUGGGAGGUUUGGGUUGGUGUCGGAGUGCAUGGGACCCAAAUAUUACUUUGAGCCUGCUGAUGCCCAAAACUAUUGGUCCCAUGAGACUGUGCUUUCCUCAACAACUAUGCAACAGUAAAGACUGUGCAGUUGGGCACUGGAUUGCUGUAACAUAUCGUGUAUCAGGAAUCCGCAACGUCUGAGCGGAGAAACGCUCAUUCAGAUCUCUUCCCUGACUGUCCAUUGUGAUCUGUAACCAUUAACCCUGUCUGCUUCACAUCUGAGAGUAUGUGACACAACUCAUAAGACCUGGUGCUGCAGUUCUGUUCUGUGGUUUUUACAUUCUGGGUUAAAGUUUUUAAGAUUGUCUGGUGCUGCAGUUGUUUUAAACUGUGGAUUUAGAAGGUUUAUGUUUUAGGGUUAUUCAGUGUCGCAGUAGUUAUCCUGAGGUUUGUGGCAUCUUAGUUUGUUUGUCAUUACCCAUAGAUGUUUUAAUUGAUGUUGUGUAUUUAAAAGUUGAUUGGGUGGUGUGUCGCUUUCAGUAAUAAAAAGGAAUUUGAUCCCAUUAUGAUAA